GUGUUUUCCUCUCGCCACUGAUUGAAAGAAGGAAGCAGAGAGAGAAAGGGAGAGAAGGUGCAGGUUCUGGGGUCGAUUUGUCAAUGUGAUUAGGUAAACGUCGUUUCAAGUGCACGCAUUCACUUGACCUUUAUCUCUUUCUCAACAGAAGUAGACCCGUUUCUUCUGUUCUGCAACGCUCGGAUCCUUCAACCAGCCAUAUACACGUUGUUGUUUUUUCAGGAAAACUGCUAACUUUCUAUUUAAAAAUAAAAAUAUCAGAUUGCUUUUUUCCCCCUUCAAACAGUUUCGAGGUGAUGUAAUCGUUCUGUGUUUUGGUUGGUAUUGUGUCGGAGCUCUGGGAGGACUGCAGCCAGGCAACUUGCGGCUGAGACAGACGGGGAAGUCAGGGAAAUCAGGUGCAGAGAGCGGCUUUCAUUUCCGUGCUGUCGCGGGUGGCUGGGUCCGCCACCCAGUCACAGCUGUUCCCAUCCUCUCCAAUUCCCCCUCCCUCUAUCACUACAUCCCUCCUCUCUCUCACUCCCCCUCACCGCUUCCCUUUCAUUCAACUCUCUCCAUCUCCCUCUGAGCUGGACCGCUCCGGGCUUUUCUCCACUCUACUGGACACUGUUGUUCGGUGUCCCCCGGGCCAGAGACUUCGUGACCCAUCGUGCGGUAGUAGCCAUGACCGAGCCCGCCCUGCAGCACCCGGCGCCCGCAGAGCCCCCUUCUCCACGCCGCCCUCGCCUCCAGCCCGUCCAGGUACCCCGCCUCCCACAGCGCCUUACCUUGCCUCGCAGGGACUAGAGACCUCUUUCUGCGUCUCAUAUCUUCAAAUUCGUCUAAUGUGGAAUUCUCUCAGAAGAAAGUUAUUGACCUAGUAUAAGCCUUAUUGUAGCACCAAAACACCAGGACGAACGUGAAUUACACAUAACGUAGCGGGGGAGUCGAUUGGACUUCAGCAGCUGUGAGCCGUGACGGCGCUUUCACCUGUUCCUCUCAAGCCCGGAGGCUACAGCUGUUUGAUGCCCUAACCUCUCCCCGCGCUCCGCCCCUCCCAGCUCCACCAGCCAUAGUGACAGCCAAGAAAGGUAGCCCUCUGGUCACAGUGGCACGGCCACCCCGCCCCGCCACACCCCACCCACCGCAAGCCGAUGCCAACGAGAGUGUCUGCUGACUCUUUGACCCUCCACUCCAUCCAACGGAUUAUAAACACACAAGUGAACUCUCCGGACUGUCGGACCGGCUCUGACCGACAAGGAGACUGACUCUGGGCGAAGUUCCGUAGUGGAGGGGGGAAGAGAUGCGGUCCCUUCUCUCAACGCUCGCUGUCUUAUGUAUCCAGAUGUUGCUGGUGAUGUGCAAUCCAUUGCAGCAGGUGUUUGGCGUGGAUGGGGUUAACUUCAGCGUGCACGUGGAGAAACAGACCCGGGUGAGAGAUGCUAUGAGCCGGCGGCACCACCGGGUCUACCAGCUCUACAGCCGCACAAGCGGCAAACACGUCCAGGUGCUGGGUAGACGCAUCAGUGCCCGCGGAGAGGACGGAGACAAAUAUGCCCAGCUUGUAGUGGAGGCUGACACCUUUGGUAGCCAGGUGAGAAUCCGCGGCAAAGAGACCAACUUCUACCUGUGCAUGAACCGCCGCGGCAAGCUGGUGGGAAAGAAGGCCAGUAAUAAAAGUGAAGACUGCGUGUUUGUAGAAAAGGUUCUGGAGAACCACUACACCGCACUAAUGUCGGCGCGAUACGCCGGCUGGUACGUGGGCUUCACCAAGCGGGGGCGCCCUCGCCGCGGCCCCCACACGCUGCCCAACCAGCAGGACGUCCACUUUAUGAAGCGCUUCCCACCCGGGGAGUACCCCGAAACCACGCCCUUCCGCUUCACAACGGUCAACAAGAGGAGUAAGAGGGUCCGUGCCCCUGGGACCCGCUAGCAGAUAACGGCUAGCAUCCAUCUACUGCCCAUUGCCUGUACCUGUUUAUCCACUAACCACUAAUGGGAUAACAUUGACCCUUCCUCUGGACUUUAAUACAUGAUAAGUGGCUAAUUAGCGCAAUUGGACCCGGCUAACAUCCACUGCACCUGUUCCUGAAGCUAAUAGAUAAUGGACCAGUGCUACACAAACACUCCUUACCACCUGACCCCACCUACUGGGACAACAUGUACUCUCCUCCAGACCCUGGCUGGUAGGCCUACUAACUGGGCUAGUACCACAGUACACCCACUAACUUGACACUUGUCCCUACUAGCUGUCACUGCCCCAGGCUUCACUAUUUCCAUCCAUUGACUGAAGGCCACUAAUAAUAACUUUAUUUGUAAAGCGCUUUUCAAUACAAGUAACAAAGUGCUUCACAUCAUGAAAUAAUCAAAUGAAAGUACUAACAAAAUAGAACAAGCCUAUAGCUUGUUCUAGGUGGUGAUUGACUCCGACGCCAGGACAGCGGAGUCAAUCACCACCUUCCGGAGACACC